AUGUCCAUAAGCCACUGUAGAUUCUACGAGAACAAGUUCCCCGAGGUCGAUGACAUUGUCAUGGUCAAUGUGCAGCAGAUUGCCGAGAUGGGUGCGUACGUGAAGUUGCUGGAGUACGACAACAUCGAGGGUAUGAUUCUGCUGAGCGAGUUGUCCCGGAGACGUAUAAGAUCCAUCCAGAAGCUGAUCCGUGUCGGUAAGAACGACGUCGUUGUUGUGCUGCGUGUCGACAAGGAGAAGGGGUACAUCGACUUGUCCAAGCGUCGUGUGUCCUCCGAGGACAUCAUCAAGUGUGAGGAGAAGUACCAGAAGUCGAAAACCGUGCACUCGAUCCUGAGAUACUGUGCGGAGAAGUUCCAGAUCGCACUGGAGGAGCUAUAUAAGACCAUUGCGUGGCCAUUGAGUCGAAAGUACGGCCACGCUUACGAGGCGUUCAAGCUGUCCAUCAUAGAUGAGACCGUCUGGGAGGGCAUCGACCCACCAUCCAAGGAAGUGUUGGAGGAACUCAAGACCUACAUCUCCAAGAGGUUGACCCCACAGGCUGUUAAGAUCAGAGCCGAUGUCGAAGUGUCCUCCUUCGGUUACGAGGGGAUCGACGCGAUCAAGGAGGCGUUGAAGUCUGCUGAGAGUCUGUCCACGGAAAAGAUGCAAAUCAAAGUGAAACUGGUUGCCGCGCCACUGUACGUCAUCACCACACAGGCUUUGGACAAACAGCAAGGUAUUGAGGUGUUGGACCGUGCUAUCACCCAGAUCAACGACGUCAUCACCAAGUACAACGGUGUGUGCAACAUCACGAUGGCACCAAAGGCCGUCACUGCCACUGAGGACGCUGAGUUGCAAGCUCUCUUGGAGAGCAAAGAACUGGACAACAAGUCCGACUCUGACGACGAUUCUGAGGAGGACUCUGACGAGGAAUGA